AAGGCAGAGGGGAACUAAAAUAAUAAAUUUAACUUUUUUCUUUUGUGAUUGUUUUUUUCUGUAAUACUUGCUGUAGUGUCUGACUGCAAUGUGCAAUAAGAUUUUAUAGCUUGGUACYACCCCUCACUGGAGUAUGAUCUGCUAGUUCUAAAACUCAAAAUGAAUGGCUGCCAAUUGCUCCGUCCUGGACUGCCAAUAGCUGUGCCUGGGUACAGCAUCUCAAUUGACUGUGCAGAARGAGAACUUCUUAUUAAGACAAUUCUGUGGGAAGGCUGGGAUGUAAGGAACAAAAGCAGCUGAAACUAUACCAUGGCAGAAAAUUCUGACUAAGGCCAGGCUAGAUGACUGUAGUCUCCAGACCUAAGCUGAGUGGAGAUACUGAGAAAUGUGCUUUCCAGCAGCAUCUGCCCUUUCUUCGCUUUGUUAAAGACAAAGCUGGACUCUAGCAUCUUUGGUGCUUGUGGACUGAAUAAAAAAAAAACCCACCUUCCUCUGUGAUGUUGAGAAUAACAAAGAAAAUGUCACAGCAGAAUCAUCAGCUUCUUCACUUUGACAUAGCUGUGGCCUGUUUGAAGGGGAACURUUCAUGCUUUAGGCUCUUUGUUCAGUGUUUGAAUGCUUAGAAACCAGCUACUCACAGUUUUCUGUUGGAUUCCUUUAGUUGCACCAGCUUAAAAAUAUGAUGUAGACUCUAAACAAUUGUAUUUGGUGUAUAAGAGGAAGUUUGAAAUCUAUUUUUAUGUCAUGCAUUACAGUUCUUUUAGUCCUCUCUAGUCUUGGGSUAGAGUCCAAGACUUAAAAUGGACUUGACCAAAUAUACUAGGUGUACCUGAUUAAGAAGCUGCAUUUUGAUGAAUCUCUAACUUUUGUGGCCUUCAAAGCAUGGAACUAGAAAUCCAAAGCUUCCAUAACUGUCUCCUGGCAAAACAUUUCUAACCCACUGAGACCCUGUAGGGACUGGUGCCAUCCUUGCAGAGUCUGAGCAAGAGCCCUCUGUCCCAAAGAAAAGGUAAACAGGAAGCCUGUUCCUGGAGGUCUCUCAGGGAAUCUGGGGCUGAGGAUUGCUCACUAUUCCUGUCAAAGAAGUUUCUGUCUUCAGUCUGGGCAUAAGAAGAGUUCAAGGAACUGUACUAGGUCUGGGUCAKGAUAUGGUGCCUUUGGAAUAAUGCUGCAGAGGCAAUAGGUCGUCUUGAGUUCUGCCUGCUGUGUUGAAGAAACAAGGUCUGUGCUGUCAYACUAUUCUCAGUCCUGCAAUGCUUCUUUUCCAUAUGACACUUUUAACUUGCAAAAAGCACUGCCCAGAUUUGAGAAGGAUCUGAAAAUAGUAAAGCAAUUGUGUCCUUGCUGCCUUUAGAACAUGGCAGUCAUGGAAACAAAAAAAGCUUGCACUUGAAUUCUUGCUGAGCACCAGAGAUCAUCUUAUUGGAGAGUUGCGACUUAACAUCACAAAGAGUUUCAGCAGGCAUUCCUAGGCUUCAUCUAACCCUCAGCCACCUGUGGGACACGCAAAACUUACUGAUGUUUAGAAACACCCUAUUUCAGGUGAGUGUGCUCACUUUUCUGCAGAAGAAAUGGCUUGUGUUUUUGGAGCAGGUAAAUGCUUAAGAACUGGAAGUUUAAAUGAGUAGUAUAUGGAAGCAAAUAGUCCAUUUUUGUUGUUGGCCAAAGAGUCUUCAGAAUAAAGGGUUAAAAAGUCAGUACAUCUGAAAGGUUUCAAGUUUUUCAGUAUGCCUUGGUGCUUUUAAAAAUACACAGUAUCUUCAAAUUGGCAAAAUUACUUGUUUAUAUUUUUAAGAGAAAACGUUUAAAUGUGGUUGUUCAAAAAAAAGGUGAUACUAGUAAGUGAUUACAUGACAGCAUGAAAGCUCCCAAUUUGGACGCAAGUACKUAAUUCUAGGGCUGCAUUUCUAGGUUAGUCUGUUAACGCUGAAGGGAUUGCAGUUCACCUGGUACAUACACAGACAGUUGAGCACUCUGGGUUAGACGGGAUUUACUGCUCCGGUCAUGGGAAAUUGUGUCUGUGUACAUGUGGUCCUACUGGAAAUGGCACAAACAAAAUGUGGGGUCAGCUGAAACCAUCUCCUGCUGUUCCUGCCUGGCCAGGAGGUGUUGGAGAGGACAGGACUUUUUGUUACCUGGGAGUUGAAGAGUUGACUUGAUUUAAUAUAAUGAGAGUUCACACUUCCUUGUCAUUUCCUUUUUGUCAACUCUGUCUCCAACCUCAGUUUCAAUAUUGACCUUUGGUGCUUGUGGUAGUUAAAAAACAGAACAAAAAAUCCCACCUUCCUCUAUCAUGUUAAAAAUAGCAUUGAAAAUGUAGCAGAAACCUCAGUUUCUUCACUUUGACAGAGCUGAGGCCUGUUAGAAGGGGAACUCCUCAUGCUUUAGGCUCUUUUUUCAGAGCUUAAAGGCUUAAAAUUCAGCUCCUCAGAGUUUUCCAUUGGGUUCCUUUACCUGCAACAUCUUAAAAUUACGAUGUAGAYUCUCAACUAUUUUGUUUCUUGGAUUUGAGGAAGUUUGAGACCUAUUUUGAUGUCAUGUGCUAUAGUUCCUUUAUUUCUGUGUAGAUCCCUUGAGCUAGAGUGCAAGAYUUGAAGUGGACUUAACCAAGCCAUGUUGUGCCGUAAACCAGGUCUUAGAACACUAAAGAGCACAAGUGGGAGAGGGGUAAGUUGCAACAGAGAUCUCUGUCUAAUCCCACAGAUAUCACACAAGUCAGUAGAAGUAGCAUAAAAGUUAUAUCCAGGUAGUUGGCAUUGCAGGAUGGGUGAYGCAGUAAAGUGUUACCCAAACCCAGUCUUGGUAAUCCUGUACUCUCUGGAGGUAAAGCUGUACCUAGGUCCUUCMACUUGUCAAAAAAAUCCCCUAACAAUCUAAAAAACAGCCCUAACAACCACCCAAACAAACCAAAACAAACCAAGUUCCCCCUUACCCUCCACCCCCCCAGCUAUUAGUCAUUUGGACAAGCAUUUUAAAAUUUUCAAUAAGUUUAGAACAGUUCCUGAUUCUGUUUGCUCUUACCUUUGUCCAUCUUACCCUCCAGCAGGCUGAUGUUUUUCAUGUAAAACUUGUAUGUUAUUGGGUGCUGCCUGUAAACUUCCUGGAGCACGGGUAAUGUUUUUCCUUUUCUAUCAGUCACUUGUUGCCUACAGGGCUAGCACAAGCAAUUUGGAAAAUGKUAAAUUACAGUAAGAUUUAUGUAAAUACUUGCUACAGGGCARUAUUUUUGUGUUAAACACUUGGUCUGGUUACUGAUGGAAUGCACUUUUUCUCAGUGAACAAGCCAGUAUCACCUUGGUUAAACGUGGUAGCUGUGUUAAAAGGUACUGGCAAACCACAUGUAGGUUUAGGUUUUAGGAGCUUUCAAUAAAUCAUUGAAGCUGAAAGACAGUUCCAAGAGCCUUCUGCAGUCUUAACCUGAACGGCAGAACUUGAAACUUGCUUGGGACUUUCUGAUUGUAAAAGGUGCUUUUUUAUUUUAAGCCCAGUGGAAAACAUUUGAGUCAUAGCAGAAUUUUGUUACAUAAAAGGCAGAGGGAAAAUAGAUAUUUUAGUCAAAACAAAGUAGGGAUCCUGCUACAUCUGACUGUAUGGAUGGGAUUGCAAUUUUCCAAGAAGUUACCAUUGUCUGCAGAAUUGAAAUUAGUUUUCCUGUUUUUUGUUCUCCCUGUUCUGUGGUCAGGUUGAGUGCUUGCUAUAGUGGCAUAAUUUUGGGGAAGUAAGAAAGGUGAUCAUUUUGGCAAGCAUGUAGAAAUGCCUCUUCUAAGGAUAGUGGCUUUGUCUUGGUUUGAAUACAGGAUUGUCUGUCAGUAACUGAGCUGGUACUCAGUAGGACCUGCUAAGUUAGCGAUAUAUGCUUUUGGGAUGAAUAUCUGUCUCCAAGUCAAAAUUCAGUGUCUGCAGCAGGGAGAGAAUUUCACUGGCAGAAAACACCCAGACUUUGUCUAAUAGUGUGUAAAAAAUGAUCAUUAAAAUCGGGAGCAUAGCUCGUACUGUUGAGGGUCUGGCCCAAGCCUUCUUGAAGGGAGUAGAGAAAUAUUCUCACUUGAGGCAGGAUGGAGAAUGUAUUAGUUCCAGAAAUAUUAAAAAUACUCCUGGCAAUAAGCCUACAUUUGAUUUAGCACUUGCUUUAUCAUGACUGUCUUCUGCUGGUUAGGGGCUAAAGACUUUCCACUGUUACUGUGGCCAUGUAUGCUGGUUUGGUAUUCCCAGCAGGUGAACUCAGAUGAGGCAGAGGGUGGUAAGACGCUUCUCUUGUGCUGAUGCAAUGACUGUUUCCUUGAGCAAAGCAAAUAGCUCACUGGGGUGUGUAGACAAAAACACCUGAGGUGUUCCACAGUCCUAGUUUCAAGAGAAUGUCUUUUCCAUGCAGAGGUCUAACACUAUCAGGAAAGUGGUUUUGYGCAGGGAGCCUUCUUGAAAGUCAUACUUGGUCCUCUUCUUAGCCUCCAGGAGCUGCCCCAACAAGGCUGUCCCACUUCGAGGUUGAUAGUGAUUCUUUCUGGUGAAGCUCUAGCUGUUUCACAUACCUGUAAUCCUCAAUCCUCAGCUCAUUAUUGGAACAUCCAUUAGUCAGGAGWUCUUCUCCUCUGAAAACUCCUAGUGCAGCUCUUACCCUCUUGAACAUAGCAAUGGCCUUGAGCAGCAAUAAAUCUAUGCUGGGAAAAGUCAGCAUGCUUGUCAGCACAAGGGAGCAUAACAGAGAAAGGAAAUGUCURUGAAACCACAGUCUUGGGUGCUCAGAUGUGACCAAAAGGGUUUGAGGCCAUCUGAAAAAUUAAAUAUGCUCCUUUAUUUCUCAUCAUCUUCUCUCUGGUAGCUGGUGAUCACCUAGGUAAAGGCUCUUAAUGGAUUUCAGAAAUUGACUAGGGGUCUUCCUAUCUGUGGAAGAUUUGAAUGGUGUUGAAGUCUUUUGCUUGUGGCUUUUACAGUAGAUGGGCUUAGUCAUUUUGGUAGAAAUUAAAAUCCUCUUUUCUAAUUGGCUUUUCUUUUUAUAAGCUCUGUUUUUUUYCUGUUUAUAUAUAGGAAAAACCCCAAUUUAAAUGUGAAGUAGGGGUUAAAAUGACACUAUGCACUGUAGUGUGCUUUGCUCUGUUGCCUGCCUGGGUUAUAAAUAAUACAACAACUUUCUCUUUCCAAGAGUACUGCUACGUGGUCGUCUUGUGAUGAGGUGUGUGGCAUUGUGAAAGUUUAAAUGGAGCAGGGAAGAUCCCUCCUCUCCAGGGGUGUCUGGAGUCAAAGGAGUCAAAGGUUGUGUGUCAAAGGGUGUUCUGCUUUCACAGCUGUUCUGGGCAGCUGGGAACUAACACAUUUUUGGUUGUGACCUUAAGAAUGCUCCCCUGUUUCUGUGGCCAUUAACCUACCACAGGUUUGUGGACCAGAGAAAGUGUGGUGCCAGAGAUAGGACAGAUGAGGCUGUGUGCUGCCCCUUUAUCCUGUGACUGCCUGGGCACUACUUUACACAGCAGCAGGGUUUCUUGAAUCCCAAAGAAUUUCCAGGAGUCUGGGUGUGAUGCAAAGGCAUAAGUGUUACCUGGAAACAUCCAGGAAGCGAUGGUGAGGCUUGCAGCAACCAGCAGCUACUCCUUGGAUUAAACAGGAUACCACUACAGAGGCUUUGGCCACCCUGCUUCCUCCCACAAAGUAUGCAGGUAGUGAGGGGAUUUCUGACUGGGAAAGAUCAACCCUGCUCUGGUGUGGUGCCUUGUGACAGUGGCAGAGGUACUCUCUGUCCACAGCAGGGCACUCCAACCUUCCCUGGCCCUGGGGGCAGAGGACACUGCACCUGUAAGAGCUGUGUGAAGCAUCCAAAAGGUCGCAGAGGUUAACCCCUCCUUGAGUCUCCAAGCCUUCCUGCUGCCUAAAAUUGGAUUUGAGGCAUAUUUCUUCGUAGGGAGGUAAGGAACAACCAGGGGAAAAACCUCAGGUUUCCACUGAGAGGUGCCUGUCAGUCUUUGCUGGGUGUCUCUGAAGUAGGCUUUCAAUUGAGGGCCCWGCAGGAUAGGGUUGUUUGGUUUUUGAUGUUUCAUUGUAGUGUCCCAGAGCAGGUUCCCUCUGACGUGAAGGUGUUUGAAUGAGGCUUUGCAGUAUCAGAUGCUAAGCAAAAUGCUGACUUUUUAGAAUAUUCUUUUCCAUGUUUCCCCAAAGAUCAGGAAUUUGCCAGAUGCAUGGAAAUGAGACUAUCCUAACKUGGUAGAGGAACCCUGGUGGAAAACUUUUCACUUGACCCAGAAUUCAUAUGCUGUAUUCUCACUGCCCAGUGUUACGGAUCCCUGCCAGAGUUUGACUAAUCUUUGCCUGUGAUUCAGAACAGAGAUGUGUUGGAAACCUCGUUUUAUUUUAGUUUUCCUUUUGAAAAAUGAAGUGAAAGUUUAUCAAACUACAGUUAAAUGAAAGCUUGGCCAACCAAAUGAGGAAGUAAAACCUUCCUAUAAAAUGAGUUAUGCCCACUGCACCUCUUAUGUCAGUUGACAUAAGCCUUGCCUCUAAAUAUGAGCUGGUGACUUCCUUGUGAGCCUAGUUCUGCUCUGAAUCCAGUUGCUGGCUGCAGAAUGGUGGGACGAUACUGCUGGGCCACAGAAAGAACGGCUGCCAGGUAAGGUGCAGAGCAAGCAGUGUUACCUGUGAGCACAGCUCGCUCCCUGGGAGGUUUGGCUUUGYUAUUUUUAGCAAAUGGAGCAGUCAAGGUCAAGACAAUAAAUGACUGGUCUUGUUAUUCAGAGUUUAUGUGUAUCUAACUUGUGAAAAUAAAAACUCUUUGUUUUUUCUGAAGGCAGAGCAGCCUAUCUGCUUUUGGAGAAACACUUCCUGGCAGGGCUCAAAUGGGCUGUCAGUCAUGGAGGUUUGCAGCAUUAUUCUCAGGGGUGAAGGAGGCAGAAGUGGUCCAGCCCUGAGCUGUGAGGGGGAGCACUGUGGUGGCAGGGAGCUGUGGCUGUCCUCCUUGUGCUGCUCAGCACAUAAACACACUUUGAAGAGGACCUAAACCUUGACCAGUGCCAAGUCUCAGGCUGUGUCCCCUCUGCCUCUGCUGGAGCAGAACAGGAUUUUGGGGGGGCUUUGAGGAGCCCUAACUGCCUCUGAGUCAAACUGGUCCUUAUUGUGGUUGUGUGCCCUGAGACUGCUGGAGGUGCUGGUCUAAUCACAAGUGGAGCAAACUCCUGGUGGAAGGAUGAGGAAAAAUUGGUGUAGUAGUUACCACCAUCUUUUUGGAAUUUUUUUUUCAAUUAUUAUUUUCUAAUCUUACAAAUCUUUCAAAAUACACCAAAGGCAGAAAACCGUAAGAGCUAUUUUGGUUUUUUUGGUUGCAUAUACUUUUUCAAAGUUCAGAUUUUAAAGUUCAGAUUUUAAAAGGGAACAUUCUAAAAUAUUAAAAUAAAAAUAGAGUUUUGGAAGCCUGACUGAAGCCAUUUCCUCUGUGUGUGCGUAUGUGUGUGCGCACCUGUAAGAGGGAUCACAACACCACAGAGAGAGAAGUGCUUUUUAAGCUAGAACAUUGAGUGGGCACAGCAUUCCCUGUGGAUAAAAUUAGCCAGGAAAURAGAAGACUUGGGCUUCCCAGUGGAAUGAAAACAAAACCAGCUUCCCAACAGGACCUGCUGAGAUGAAGGGAGGAAAGUGGCAGGAGGAAAUCUAAGUAGUUUGCAAAUGAAGGUCAUAAAGUUUAUUAAUGGAAUUUCACAACCUGUUUGUGAUAGCAAAAACUGGACUCUGUGAUGCACAAUUUCUCCUCUUGUGUUACGUGUCUUUUUGUGCUGGUUAUAAGCAUGGUGGACUUGGGCAUGCUCCUGACUGUUUGCUAAUGUGUAAGCCAGUGAUUUCACUGCCCUUUAAUUAGACCUUGGGAAGCGUGACCUCAGUGUUGCCUGUGACCAAGGCUUCCAUCUCACUUGUUCAAAAUUGUUCUCUCUGUGGUGAAAGCCCUGCAGUGAGGUUAUCCCCCAUUUUUCAUGUUUGUCCACCCUGCAGCAGUGGCUAACUUUGCAGAAUUACCAAAUUGCUGGUGAUGGCCGAUAAUGCAUCGUAUCAACGCCAGGCAGCAAUUCAGAACAUUUGCCCUGCUUACCAAGCCAGAGGGAUUCACUAAGGAAGCAAAGGGUACAGMCAUGGACCAUGGGCUUGGUGCUGCCUGAGAUGGAGCUAGAAAAGUGUUGUGGUGAGCAGCCUUCAUCCAUCACCUGCUCACAUGUGCUGCUGCUGCUGCUGGAGGCUGCUAGGCUGACAUGGCCUCUGCCCCCUCUGCAGCGGGACAGAUGUCUGGUAAAAUUCUGAAGCAUUGAAUAGAACCUAAUUCAUGAUGAGAAAUCCAGGACAAACAUCCACACAACACAAUGUUAACCUAACUUGGGACAUUGUUCUGAUAGUAAAAGAAAAGGAAAAAAAAACCAAACCCAAACCAAAAAAAGAAAAAGCAUCAGAAUAGACAGAAGUACAGGUUUGAAAACAAUAGUAAUGGCUAUUAAAAUACGGGUUAAAUAUUUUCUUUUCAAUCUGAAGACAGAUACUAACAAAAGUUUUUAAUUUACAAUAAUUUAUUAAAAUAAUCUAGGCAUUUUUAAAAAAUCAAGUAGUAUACAGUAAGUGUUUGGAGCCACAGACUGCAUACCUGAAAGCAGGUUUUACUGUGGUGAUAGUCCAGAUGUAAAUGCUUCUGCUGUAUUUGGUUACAUCAAUGUAUUUCAGCUCAGAGAGCAGCUGUUUCAAGGAUGAGAAAACAUUUCAAUCAUGAAAAAGCAGGCAAAUACAUUUGCAUCUUUAGUCAAUGAAUUAAAAACAAGGAUUAGAUGUAAAAAUUGCUACAGAGUGCACUGUGAGGAAAAAGUCAUUGACUGAAAUAAGCAAUGCUUUAGUUUAGGUGGAAACAUACGCACRGUAAGUGCUUUCCCCCUACAAUGAUGACAUAUUUAAGGUAUUUUUUAUUUUAUUGAUGCUGUUGGUCACYUGAUGGGUGAGUGGUCACUGUGUAUGUUCUUCUGCAUCACGCUUGUUGGGCUGAAGCACCUCUGGGUAUCUCUGAGCAUGCUGCCCAUCACCUUCAUUCACUGGGUAGACCAGAAAUGUACAUGGUGCAGUUCUGAAGAAGUAGGAAGUAGCUUUUUGCGGCUUUUGCACACUCAUAUCUGAAUUACCUGUUUCUCUUGACAAUAAACAUACGUGAAAUUGAAACCAUUUUCUGGAUCGCCUGCUUCUGAGUGCUGCCCCGAUGGCUUUCAAAAAAAAAAAAAAGCUGCUUCUCUGAACAUAAAAGCCCUCACUGAAAUAGCAAUUAACAGGAAAAGGGUAGUCAGGCAUCAUCAGAACUGAGGAGCGACAGAAUUUCAGAAUUUAUGUCUGUGUACACAUAGUAGGUAAGACAAAACUAUUGAAAAAAAAAACCCCACUGUUUCCAGAUAUUUUGCAAACAGCAUGUUUCCUUGAAUCACUGGAUGAAAUUUACUAUACUUGUUAAGUUGCUAUGGCAUCUGAACCCAUCCAGUAAAAUUUGACAGAUUCUUAUCUCAGGCUGACAAACCGCACAGCAGACUGAAAAUCCCCUUUGUGUCAUUUCCUGUGAGAUAAGUCUGAAGAACCAAUUCACGCAUGCAGCCUGACUGCAUACAGGCAUCCUGGCACGGCUCACCAAGAAAGGUGACACCUGUCUGACAUAAUGUUUGGAGAGUGACGAACAUUGCAUGGGACACUGAUGCUUUUAUAAUUAAGAGCAGACCAGAAAAAUGCUUUAAUGCUGGGAGAAGACUGGACAGUCUCCUCAGAGAGAAGACAGCUGAUCUUGUGCUCUCUGCUGUGCACCAGGCACAUAAGUGAGAUGAUUGCAUUUUCUUCCUUAAUGCCUAUGUUUUGUUUUUUCUAAUUUUCCCCUCCCCAAAGUUGAUGCCUGUUGGACAAGCUGGGAGGACAGGAGCUCCAGGUUUAAAGGAACGUAAAGUCCAGGUAAAAUGGCACUGGCCAGUUCCAUUUCUAGCAAACCAAUAUCAUCACACUCCAGAAAAGUUUCUGCAGCAGGAGUGGAAGUGCACCAGAGCAAGCUGGAUUUUUUCUGCAAGCUGGGCUAUGGUAAGCAGGACAUCUGCAAAGUGCUGGAAAACCUGGGCCMAGAGGCCCUGGAGGAUGAUGUGCUGAAAGAGCUGAUUCGGAUGGGCAGCAAGCCUCAAGCUCUGGAGAAGCAGGCUCAGCAUUCCCCGCUGAAGCUCAUUGCCCGUGGCUCRUGUAGCGCCACACCGGGGCUGAAGUGGCUCGGAGGAGAAGAUGAAAGCGAUGCUUCCARUUCCUUGAGACCCAUUGUGAUCGAUGGCAGCAACGUUGCAAUGAGUCAUGGAAACAAAGAGGUAUUCUCCUGCUGGGGGAUCCAGCUGGCAGUGGAUUGGUUUCGAGAGAGGGGGCACACUUACAUCAAGGUUUUUGUCCCACUGUGGAGAAAGGAACCCCCUCGACAAGACAGCCCCAUUGCAGAUCAGCACAUUCUUGAGGAGCUUGAAAAGCAAUCUAUCCUUGUCUACACCCCCUCUCGGAAGGUGAAAGGCAAGAGGGUGGUUUGCUACGAUGAUCGCUACAUAGUGAAAGUUGCUUAUGAGAAAGAUGGAGUCAUUGUUUCCAAUGACCACUACCGGGAUCUCCAAAAUGAAAACCCUGAGUGGAAAUGGUUUAUUGAGCAGCGACUACUCAUGUACUCCUUUGUCAGUAACAGAUUUAUGCCUCCUGAUGACCCGUUAGGCCGGCAUGGACCCACCCUUAGUAACUUCCUCAGCAAAAAGCCAGUGCUUCCUGAAAAGAAAUGUCAGCCUUGCCCCUACGGUAAAAAAUGCACCUAUGGCAAUAAAUGCAAAUUUUACCAUCCAGAGAGACUACAUCAAGCUCAGCUUUCAGUUGCUGAUGAGCUCAGAGCCAAAAUAAAGGUCUCGCUUGCCCUGGGGCAAGAGGAGGGCAGGUGUCAGUGCUCAGCAUACAUGACAGGAGGAGGAGAGCCUAUGCCCUGCGAUGCCUGCACAGAAGCUCUGCGGGAAGCCAGAGGCUGCUCUGUGCUUUCCUGCUGCCCAGGCAGGUCCCGGGGGCGCUGUCCUGGGCACACAUCCCGGGCCCGGGCUGGCACUCCGCACCCUGACCGGGGGCUGGAGCAGCGCUUGCCACAGCCAGAACUGCUCCUGGAGGAGAUGUCAGCAGUGUCCAUUGGUGAUGACACCCACGACUGUGACUGGUCCUUAGGCCCCUCUCAGGACAGGGGGGUCACAGACAGCCCUCAGCGCCGCGCUGCCCUUCCGCACGGGCUGCUCUCUCCUCAUCGCCCUCAGAGCCUGGACCGCACCUGCUCUCCAGGGUGCCCUUUCCAGCCAAGGGUGCUCCCAGCUGGGCGAGGCAGGAUGUGCCCCAAGCAUGGCUGGCCUCAGCAGUGCUGUGGCAUGCACRAAACAGUUCACAGGAGCCACUCCAUCCCUCGUGGUGCUCAGCACCAACAGGCCCUGGACACCCAGCGUCACGUUCUGCUGCAGCCCACAGCUUUCCCCUCUGAGAGGCUUCCUGUGUACAGCGAGCACCGGCUGCAGCAGCAGCAGCAUUGCUUCCCCAGCCAGCCCCCAGGGCAGCCCCUCCAGUCAGACUCCAGCCAUGGAAUGGGCUUCUUCCAGAAAGCCCAUGCGUACCCCAGUGCCUCUCACAGGGACUGCUGGCCCACCCCAGUGGCACGGCAAGGAAACACACACACGGAGCUGUGCUGCCUUUAUCCUUACAGUGAGGUGAGCCAGGUCACGGCUUUGUACCCCAGCAUCAAGGACAAGGGGACAGGAGCACYUCCUCUAUGACGACAGGCUGGGAAAGCUGGGGCUGUUCAGCCUGUAGAGGAGAAGGUUGCGUGGAAACCUYGUAGAAACCUUCCAGUGUCUGAAGRGAGCCUACAAGGAAGACAUUGAGGGAUACUUGAUCAGGAACUGUAGUGAUAGGACUCAGGGGGGUGGCUUCAAACUGAGAGGGGUGAGGUUUAGGUUAGAUUUUUGGAUUGAAUUCUUAACUGUGAGGGUGAUGAYGCAGUGGAACAGUUUGCUCAGAGAAGCUAUGGAUACCCCAUCCCUGGAACUGUUCAAGGACAGGUUGAAUGGGGCUUGGAGCAAUCUAGUCUAGUGGAAGGUGUCCUUGCCCAUGGCAGAGGUGCUGGAACUGUAUGGUCUUUUGGAUCCAUUCCCACCCAAACCAUUUUGUGAUUCCGUGAUAUUGCCUGCUUGACUUUUAAUUACUCGAAGACGCAGAAACUUGUGAAAUGUCCAGAGCAAAACCAUUCCCAACAAGUCCUGGGCCAAGAAGGUGCUACUCUGAGGCUUAACUCUUAUUAGACAGCAUUAUGGCACAGAUUGCAGCUGCUCCAGGAAUAUAAGCACAAGCAUCAGCCAGUUUUGUACAAUAGGGCAUCAAGUCAAGGCAAAGGCUGUUAUCCAUUGCAAUGGGAUUGCAUUCUGCCUCCCCUAAAAGUGAGCGGAAGGGCUCAGAGUUACUGGGCUGUCAGCAUUUGAACAUCACUAGUGACUGGAUUCUGGAUGGCACCAAUUUUUAUCAACGGCCUGAAGAGUCCUAACCUAAUGCUGAAUUUCCAUAAAAGAACCAUGCUUCACAGUCCCCAGUAAAAGGCUCUCCCGUGAUCUCCCUGUGACUGCUUUCUCAGCUGGCACAGAAAAUUAUCUGAGCUAUUUCCCUAGCACAGGACUGCKCUCUGCUAAAAGGCAGAUUUGGGCCCCUGUUAUUACCUGAUACAAGUGCAGCCUGGUGCCAAUGAGCUUUCAAAAAUACACCUCAUGCUUCUAAAGCAGUGCUGAGAACACAAAGAACCACAAGCAGAGGGGCUGGAGGUGCAGCAGAACACCUGGAGGAAGCCACAGGUACAUUUGGCAGAAAAGUGGCACACACAACCCAAGUCAAAUCAGGGAAGUCAUCUUCAAUGUAAAUCCUGGUUUGGAGUAGUGAAAAAAAAAAUCCAGAAGGCCAGAUGAUGCCAAAGAGAAAAAAAAMCAAAAAACAAAAAGAACUUGAAAGUGUCUCCUGUGUUGAACAAGAAAUCUAUUGUUGACUUAACCCUUAAUUACCAAAUGUGGCCCCAUAAUGCAAUUUUACAGCUGAUUUAUGAUUAUAAACAUUUAAACUGUUCUGUUGGGACAUGUUGGAUUUUCAGUAAGCUGUAAAGCUGGUAAUCUCUGCAUUAUUCCACUGAAUUCUUCAGUUAUAAAUCAAAUACUAAAGUUGAUCCUGRAGGUUUUUGGCAUUAUACCAAAGUUUAAGUAUGUCAGUACGACAUUUUUUUAAAAUGCUUUACCACAUUAGAAAAUAUUAAUCUAUAACACUUUGUUCUGAAUAGUACCUUCUUAUUUUUCUAGGGUUUGUCCCCGUGGGUUUUUUUAGGUUGGUUUUU